AUGCUAGCAACUAAAUUGAAUGAGACACAACAGCAAGCUAGUGGACAUCACCAUCAACAGAAUGACAGCUGGUUUUGGGAACCUGAGACUUCAUCAACAUCAUCGAAGAAAGAUGACAAUGGUUCGCCUUAUGAGGAAGCCGACAUUGACUUGACAUCGAUUCCUCUUGAAACAAACGAACAUGAGUUGAUUGAGAAACUUCGUCGUCAAUUGCAUGAUCGUGAAACGAGAUUGAAAGUUCUUGGCGCCGACAAUUCUGUUUUGGUUGAGAAGCUUAAAGUUUCGAAUGCAGAAAUUCAAGACCUUAAUAGAAAUAUCGAAGAGUUGGAUCAACAGCAUCAAAUUGCGAUUGAAAAGGUUCUCGAUGUGAAGCAAAGUUUGCAAGAAAAAUUCAAUGCAGCCGCUGAUGAUAUCAAACAUUUUCAACAACAAAAGGCUGAACUUGUCAAAUGUCAUCAAGAAGCAAUCGACAGACUAGACGAUGAGAAAAGUGAGUUGAACUCUCAGUUGGAAGUGAAGACGUCAAGCCAUCGUGAACUAACGGAAAUCGCAAGAAAUUAUGAAGUUCAAAUUGACGAACUUUCAGAAGCAAAUCUCAAAUUUGAAUCGGAAAUCGCUGAACUGAAAGCGACUGUCAAUGAUGCGCCGGAGGUGAUUGUGAAUAAUGAUGACUACUUGAAAAAGAUUAAUUCACUCGUCAAUGGAAACUUCAAGUUGAACAUAACAUAUGAAAACGAAGAUCAAUUCAUUGACAUAUUUACCCAAUGGAUUACGUCAACAUCCGCAAAAAUACGUGAAAUGGACUUUGAAAUGUCGAAGUUAAUCGAUGAGAACAAGCUGAUAAAAGAUGAGUUGACAAAGUAUACGAAAGAGCGUGACAAUUUGAAGCGAGAACUUGUGAAUUAUGAAGUCGAAUGUUCGGAAUUGAUGAAGAACAACAACAUUUUAAUGGCUGAUAUUGAGAGCUUAAAGUGUGGGGGAAAGUUGGAGACAAUCAUGGAAAAUGAUGAUGAAGAGAAUAUUGUGGUGCUAGAAAGACAACUCGAAGAUUCAAAUUCAUUGAAUCAAUCACUCGAAGAUGAAUUCAUGUCCAUUCGUUCGAAAUUAGAAGCAACUGAAGUCGAACGUGUCGAAUACUUUGAUGAGAUUCAACAACUCAAAACUCAAUUGACAGAAAACAUUUCGAGGUGCAAGGAAUAUCAACAGGAAAUUGAGAAUUUAGAAAACGAGAAAAGCAAUUAUUUGUUUGAGCUUCACGAAUUGAAAUCCGAAGAAGAACGAAAUAUUCUACAAAAGGAACUGAAAAUGUAUAAAGAUCGUGAGGUGGAAUUGACGGAGAAGUUGACGAGACUGGAGAAAGAGCAUGCAAUGCUACAUGAAAAAUAUCAAUCACUCGAAAGUCAAACUGCAAGUCAGAUCAAAGAUUUAUCGACGUCACAGAAUCAGGAAGUUGAAGAGACGAGUAAGAUUUUAAAUGAAAAAGAUUUUCGAUUGAAAGAAGUUUUAUCGGAAGUUGAGCGAUUGAGAAGUGUUAAAGAUGAGUUGAGUGAGUUGGAGAAGAUAAAGAUAGAAUUAAUGAUGGAAUUGGAUCAGAUACGACAAUCUUUGUUACAAGCGAAUCAAGACAAAGAAUUGCUUGAAAGCAAAUGUGAAGAACUUGAAAAGACCAGCGCAGCCAACAUUGAAAACUUAAAGAAAUCGAAUGACUUGGUGCAAGAUUUACAGAAGAGAUUGUUGGAAACAAAUUCCAUUGAAGAAAUGAAUGCAAAAAUUGCUACAUUAGAAGAAACUCUCGCGAGUUCUAUGAAAGAGAAGGAAAAUUUGAUUGGUUUGGUGACAACAAAACAUAACGAGAAUGUGCAAUAUCAUAACGAGAUAAUUCGACUAAAUCAACUUUUACAACAGGAAACGCAAAAAGCUGAAAACAGUCACGCAGAGUCAGUUGAAUCGCUCAACGAUGAGAUUACAUUUUUACGUGAAAAAUGCGAUUUGCUUGCACAAAAUCUCAUUCAAGAACAGAAUAAUUUACGUAGUGUUCAACAAGAGAAACAAGAGGCGAUUGAGACAAACAACUCAUUGAAUAAGGAUAUUGAGAGAUUGCGACAACAUUUACUUGAGGUCGCUGAUGCGUACACAUUCGAGCAGGUGAGCUUACAAAAGCAAGUCGAAGAGUAUAAAAGUAAAUUGAUGGCGAUCGAAGCGGAAGCUAAACAUUCAGCGACAGCUUAUACAUCAGCAAACAUACGCGCUAAUCAGCAAGCAGAAACACUUCAAACACAGUAUAAUCUCUUGGCACAACAACGCGACGAACUGUUAGCUAAACUUAGUGCUGCUGAAGACAUCGACAACAAGAACCAAGCAGCAUUAACAAAUCUUCAAGUUGCCCUUGAAAUCUUUCAAAAAGAUAAAGAACGCGACAUUGAAGCCAAAACUGCUACAAUUCAAAAGGAGCUCGAUGAUGAGAAAGUCAAACAAGUGAGACUGGCUAAUGAAAUUCAAAAUCUACAACAACAGCUUCAGGAAGCUAAAAAUGGUUUGAUGGCAGCCGCUCGACUUAGUGACCAAAUGGAACUGAAUCAGCACACGAUCGAAAGGUUGAAUAAUGAAAUUGCAUCAUAUCAAAACACAAAUCAAUCCCUGAAGCGCCAAUUAGAGGAAAGCAAUGCCAACAUUAGCAACGCUGAUGUGGAUCUGAUUAAAAAUUUAGUCAUGGGUUAUAUAACAGCUCCGAACGCGAAUGCAAAAACUCAGAUCUUAAAACUGAUUGCUAAUGUUCUACAUUUGAACGACGCAGAAUGUACGAGAAUUGGUUUGAAUAGUGGAGGAACAGGCGUUGGUGGGUGGUUUUCAAGAGGAUCUAGCGAUAAAGUCAACAACAAUGUUAGUUUAACUGAAGCAUUCGUUGCUUUCUUAGAAAAAGAGUCACAGCCUCGUAUUAACGCAAAUCUCCUGGCAAUUCAUGAAAAUGAAACAACAACGCCAAGCAGUCGAAAAACCUCAACAUCUGGGAAUGUUCAAGUAACAACUCAACCUCCAAAUCAAUCAUCAGAAUCAGAUGCCACCACACCUGUUCCUAUUCUCCUUGGUGAAAAUUCACUUCUAGCGCCUUACAGUAAUCGAAACAGUUCCACAAUUCUCAAAGAUUUACUUCACGAUACUUGAUAACCGUUCGAUUAAAUCGCAUUGUAUUUAAAUAUUUCCUUGAUUGAAUGCAUUACUCCAUUUGACUUCCGUAAAAAAUUUCAUUAAACAAAACUAAUUUUAUAUUUGUCCGCACGUAAAUUCUCCGCGGUUCAUGUCCUUGUGCCAAUCACUAUUAAAAUAUAAAUUUGCUACAAUAAGAAAGAAGUCUUAAGCAAGCUUUUCAUACUUUUUUCACUAACUUCAAGAGUAAUCAGUUUGAAUAACAUUUAAAUGCGUUAAAUCGUUGUUAAUGUUCAUCACGUGAAUUUUCUCGUUCUCUCGUUCUUAAAAAGAAGAAAAUUGUAAAAAAAAAAGAAUUUUAUUGUUUGGAGCGUGUAAAUCCGCUCAUUAAUUUAAAAGACGAAAAUGAUUAAAUAAAUUAAAUCUAAUUAAAAAAUAAACAAAAAUUUUCUUUUAUUAUAAAUUGUCAAUUUUGUUUUAUUUAUUUAUGUUUGGAUUUUUUUAUACACUUUAAAUAUUUUGUUU